AUGGAGUCAACGAGAACAGAACACAACCCAAAUGAACAAUUGUGCCACGACGACACGAUACCCGAAAGUGAUGUUGAGGUUCAAUACAACAAUUUAAAAAAGGCACUUACUUCCGAGCAGCAAAAGGUGAUUGAGGAUUACAUAGCCUUCCGUGUCUCCCGAAUGAAUGCUGAGAAAAGUGAGAAAGAAGACAGUAAAACAUUAAGUACGGAUACUGCUUUAACUUCCCAAGACGAUAGUGAAGAUGAUAGUGAUACAAAUUCUAAAGAAGAAAAGGGUUGUACCGAACAGAAAGAUGAGAAGAAGUCGACGAAGCGACACAAAGAGAAGAAGUCUAAAAAAGAGAAGAAAGGAUGUGACGAAUGGUGGAUGAAAGAAAUGAAGAAACACUCGAAAGGUUAUGACUUCCAAAAUCCACGUCCUUGGUGGAUGAGAAGAAUGCGAGGACAUAUGUUCGAACCAUUCCCGGGACAUCCCCCAGUUUUCUCGCCUUAUGGCCCUCUUCCUAUGUAUCAACCAUUUCCUAUGUGUAACCCUUUCCAAUAUCAACCAAUGAUGUUCCCCCAACAAUUCCCUCCUUUCCAUCAACAAUGUCAACAACAGCAACAACAACCCUUCUCUCAACAACAGUUCGGUGUCCAAUUCCCUCAACAACAAAAUCAAUACGGGCAAUUCCCACAACAACAGAAUCCUUCUCCAAUGCAGUUUGAUAGAAGAAAUGACAAUAACAGUGACGAGGAGAAUGAGGAAGUCGACAAAAAACUGGCAAAUGGAAAAGUUGGCGAACAAACUUUGGGACAACAACACACUCAAGAAAGAAAACACCACACUCGAUUCCAGAAGAAGAAACCAAAAUUCCAGGAUUGA